AUGCUGGCUUCAGUUUGGAAGGCGCUCGUCCUCCUGGCAGCUCUCCCUCUACAGAACGUCUCUGCGCAACAGUAUGCUGGAGAUAUUAUUCCCAAUGCCACAUACCCCGGUGUUCCUGGCUCAGAGAUUGUCUACUUCAGAGUCAAGGACCCAGCCGGAGUGAAUUCCAACCUCACUCUCGUUAACUACCAGUCUCUGGGAUCGAAUGGCAAGCGUAUCGAUCCUGCCAAGGUCAAGCGUGCUGUUAUCAUCGUCCAUGGUCUUAACCGUGAUGCGGGUACUUACAUGAGUAACAUGUUGAGUGCACUCUCUCAAGUCACAGGCGACUCUAACAUCAACUUCGAUUCCGUGGUCAUCAACGCACCCAGUUUUCCCAACGGAGACGACAAGAAUGUCUCAUACCCGUACUGGGAUUACGCUCCCGGUUCUAAGAAGAAGCUUUCUGGUGGCAACCAAUCUUGGACCAACCUACUGGUAUGGAAGGGGUCGCAAUGGGCUGGUGGCGGUACCAACCAAUACCCCAACAAGGCCCAAUCUGUCUCUUCGUACGAGACUGUUCAGCGUUAUGCCACUGUUGGCAAGCCUCUCAGCUCCAUCGGAGUUGGCGUGCCUGUGACCUACUGGAUUGCCAACCCGAACAGUCUGGUCUGGUUGAACUCGUCUCGUCCCCUUUCAACUUCCAGCUGCGCAGACUAUGAUGACUGGCGUGAUGGUCUCUCCAAUUACGCUACUUAUCCUAGCGUCUACAACACUGAUCUGGUUGCUUCGGGUACCUCAGCAGUGCUUGCCAACUACCAGUCUAAGAACAAGGCUUACGCUCGCGGUACCCUCGACAUGGGCGACGAUUCGUCUGACUGUGCUCCUUUCACUACUGGUGCUAACCGUCACGAACGAUUCUACUACUUCAUCAACUGGUGGACUCCUACUUGUGAAGCUCCUAACACACCAUCAGGCCACUGUGAUACUGUCGACUUGGUUGCUAUGGGCCACGAUGGUGGUGGUAUGAUGGCCUCUGCGGCUGGUCGUGCUCGUCUUUUCAGCGACAACUUCUAUGGUGACGGCGCAAGAUCUUACGACUUCGGUUACCCUCGCAUUCAAGCCAAUGUGGAUGAUCCUUUCCCCGACCCUGCCUAUAACUCGACUUCGGCUUCAGCCAACCAGACUGUCUACGCUGGCAACAUGACCUAUGCAGGCUGCUACACUGAUUCUGCCUCUCGUACCCUGGCUAACCUCAACUACGAUUCUACUUCCAACACUAUCGAGAAGUGUACCGCCGCCUGCGCCAGCGCGGGUUACUCUAUCGCGGGUAUGGAAUACGGCAGCCAGUGUUGGUGCGACAACACGCUCGGUCCCUACACCCAGAAAGCCCUGGAUCUUGGUUGCUCUCAGCCUUGCUCUGGCAACACCACCGAGACAUGUGGUAACUCCGGCCGUCUGUCAGUCUACUCCAACGGCUCGCCUGUUCAGGCUGCUGCUCCUUCCAACCCUGAAGUUGUUGGCAACUACUACUACGCUGGAUGCCACAACGAAUCGUCUAGUGGUCGUGCUCUCUCUGCUACCUCGUACUCUGAUGGCAAGAAUAUGACUUUGGAGAACUGUGCAGCCUUCUGCAAUGGCUACAAGUACUUUGGUAUCGAGUACGCUUCUGAGUGCUAUUGUGGCUCGUACUUCGGCGUAGGCAGCGCUCUCGUUUCGGACAAUACUUGCUCUAUGGUAUGUUCCGGCAACGCGCUUGAGCUCUGUGGUGCAGGUGGCGCUCUUUCUGUCUACACGCUCAGCUCCGGUGCUCCUGUCUCGACCAUCGUCCAAGGCUCAACUACUGCUGGUUCUUCACCAACAAGCGCAGGUGGUGCGUCGGCCUCCAGUCUCCCUUCUAGCAGUCUCUGCCCUGCCACCAAUGGACAGAACAUUGCGGACUCGAACAACGUUACCUACACUGUGGCUUGCAGCUCAGACACAAACGUCGGUUCGUACUCUAGCGCUCAGGCAAGUGGUUCGUACUUUGACUGCAUGGUUGCCUGUGACAAUGCCGCAUCGUCUGGGUGUGUGGCCUUCACCUACGUUGGAGGAGCACUUGGUUCUGGUUCAGGAACGUGCUAUCUGAAGAACAGCGUGGGCAGCUUCACAGGAGCUGCUAACAACCUUGUAUCUGGAUCGAGAAUCUCGUCUGGUUCCACUGGAGGAGGCGUCACUACGACCACAUCUUCUGCUGCUCCUGCAGCCACUGCCUACGCAGAUGGCUCGACACCUUCUGUAGGUGGUGUCACUUACGCUAUCGAGGUCAACGUGACAUACUCUGGCCAGACUUUGGCUCUCUCGAAGAAGCGUGCGGCUGCCGUCGUUGGUGACUGUUUGAACACUUGCGCUCAGAGCACCUCGUGUGUCGGAACCGCAUUUGACGGAUCAGUCUGCACAUACUUUGGCUCAAUUGACAACAGCACAAAGGUGUCCGCUCCUGGCACAACUUUCGCAACCGUCAAGGCCCGUUCGACAGCUACAUCGACUUCCUCGAGCUCUACAGGAGUUCCUUCUGCCUCGCUGUGCCCCAGCGCCAACGGCCAAACGAUCAAUGGAUACGUUGUCAGCUGUUCGUCCGACACGAACAUUGGAUCUUACUCAAGUGCAAACGCCGUUACCUCUUACCUCGACUGUAUGUCUGCCUGUAACGCCGCGGCCUCUACUGGUUGCGUUGCAUUCACCUAUGUCGGAGCCACCGGCGGAUCUGGUUCUGGUGCUUGCUACCUCAAGAACAGUCUGGGAAGCUUUACCACUGCUGGUGGUGCUAACUACAUUGCCGGUAUGGUUGCUUCCCAGCCUUCAUCUUCGUCAUCGUCAUCGUCUUCGUCUGUCAGCUCAACCCAGAGCGGAUCGGCCUCCUCUUCGGCAGUUGUGUCUUCGAGCUCGACCGCAACCUCUUCGUCCGCCACCUCCUCAGCUUCGAGCAGCCUUUGUCCUUCUGUGGACUCGCAGGAUAUCACCGACUCCAACGGAAAGAUCUACACCAUUCGUUGUCAGUCUGAUACCAACGUCGGCUCUUUCGCAAACGCUCAGGCUGCCAACACGUACGCUGACUGCAUGGCCGCUUGCGAUUCUACCACAGGAUGUGUCGCAUUCACCUACGUUGGUGGAGCGAAUGGUGUCGGCUCAGGUGGUAACAACUACGUCGCCGGGUUCUUGAAGCAGUCUGCCUUGUCGAGCUCGGUUUCGUCUACUUCCAGCUCGGUUUCGUCUACUUCUUCGAGCUCAGUAUCAUCUGUUUUGUCGAGCUCGGCAUCCUCAAGCACAGCCUCGUCUACUACUACCUCGUCAUCGGCAGCAGCAUCGAGCAGCUCUUCUGCCAGCCUUUGCCCGCAAGCAAACGGACAGGUCAUCACUGACUCAAACGGCAACCUUUACAACGUCACAUGCUCUGCCGACAACAGUGUGGGCUCGUACACGAACACACAGGCUUCUACCUCGUACCUCGACUGUAUGGCAGCCUGUGAUGCCGCUUCUUCUUCUGGCUGCCAGGGUUUCACCUACGUUGGUGGAGCUCAAGGAUCUGGCUCAGGUACCUGCUGGCUCAAACAGAGCAUGGCUGACUACCCUGCUGCCGGCAACACUGUUGUCUCGGCUGUCAAGGUCGCCAAGUCCAACUCCAACAUCGUGUCUUCUAGCGGCUCAAGCAGUUCGGUUUCUAGCAGCUCGAUCUCUAGCAGCUCGGUCUCGUCGUCAACUGCCUCAUCGUCGACUGUCUCGUCAAGCAGCACCGUCUCGUCAAGCACCAUUGCUUCUUCUUCUUCUUCCAGCGUUUCCUCGUCAAGCAGCACCAUCUCUUCACCCAGCAGCUCUGAUUCGACCUCAUCGAGCAGUAGCGUGAUUUCAUCUUCGAGCACUGCUUCUUCCUCAUCGAGCACUGCUUCUUCCUCAUCGAGCACUGCUUCUUCCUCAUCGAGCACUGCUUCUUCCUCAUCGAGCACUGCUUCUUCCUCAUCGAGCACUGCUUCUUCCUCAUCGAGCACUGCUUCUUCCUCAUCGAGCACUGCUUCUUCCUCAUCGAGCACUGCUUCUUCCUCAUCGAGCACUGCUUCUUCCUCUUCAACUUUCUCUCCUACUUCGAGCACUGUUUCGUCGUCAAGCACCACUUCCUCCUCUUCAAGCAGCGUUGUUUCGUCCUCCUCGAGCAGUGUCGCAACCACACUCUCGACAUCCACAGCAUCCGCCUCGGCUACAUCAUCCACUGCCCUCUCGCUUCCCACCGGCUUCUCUUCAUAUGGCUGCUUCAUUGACGGAAGCACUCGCGCUAUGGCCUACUCUGCUUACUCCAGAAGCGACAACACUCCUUACAAGUGCGCAUCUACCUGCCAGAGCUUGGGAUACAAGUACGCCGGUACCGAGUACGGCAGCGAGUGUUGGUGCUCAAACAACGCACCUACAUCCAGCACCAAGGCCACUGACUGCAACAUGGCUUGCAGCGGCGACAACACUCAGACUUGCGGCGCUGGAAACCGCUUGUCUGUCUACGUCGACAACACUUGGACCUCCAAGUUCAACGCCCACACCAGCUAUGGCUCGUGGAACUUGAUGGCUUGCUACACUGACAACACAAACGGCCGUGUUUUGCCCACUGCCGUGAGCAUGACUGGCGGUGCCAACAACGCUACCAUCGCCAACUGCCUUGAUGCUUGCGCAAGAAGCGGUUUGAGCGUGUGUGGUGCUGAGUACUACCAAGAGUGCUACGGAGGCAAGGUUGCCCCCAACAACAACCUGAUCGCUGGUUCAGAUCCUCUGGCCGCUGGUUGCAACUACCCUUGCAGUGGCAACAAGACCGAGGCAUGUGGUGGAUCCAACAAGAUUUUGGUCUACAUCAACAACGGCACCGCAUCUGCUCGUCGCCAUUAA